AGUCACCACUCACCUCUCACCUCUCAUUACCCAUGAUAUCUUUCGGUCACUUAGAUUUCCCAGAUCCCCUUAUGCUGAGUAUCUUCUGAAAACUAAGAACAAAAUAUCCGCUUCAACAUUUUUCACCUAUCAAAUAUGUCAAGUGAAAAAUGGUCUUCCCCCUCGCCAUCCACGUCUUUGCCUGCCACAUCCAAACCGAUCAAUGACAAUGUUCUGUAUCGGUAUUCAACACUUUUAGCGAUCAAAGUCCUCAAGCGUAUUCGGCCUCGGGAGGGGAACGUCCUCAUGUUAACGGACAGAUUAUGUGUCAAGUACGGGCGCCGCGUACAUUUAUCCGAAGCAUCAACAAUGCAUUUCCUAUCGCAACAUACAUCUCUUCCAGUACCCAGAGUCUUAUGCGCUUUUACCUAUUCUAAGCGGACAUACAUUGUGAUGGAAAGAAUUAAGGGAGACAUAAUCGGCAAUGGAUGGAUCAAACGAAGUGAAGAGUCAAAGACGAAACUUCUUUCGCAACUAGGAAAAUUGAUCCGUGAGAUGCGCGACCUCCCGCCUCCUAAAGGGGUGGGAGUUGCUUCUAUUGAUGGUGGAUCACUUUUUGACUGCCGUGUCCCAGGGCACUCCUUACGUUUUGGUCCCUUUGAUACUAUUCAAGACUUCCAUAGGCAUAUACGCAUGGGCAUGGAUUUUGAUUCAAGUCUUGACCCUGAGAUUCAAGAACUUAUAAAGCUGCAAAACAAGACUUGGCCUUUAGUAUUUACUCAUGGCGAUCUUAGCAGCCUUAAUAUUCUUGUGCGUGGGGAUAAUAUUGUUGGUAUCAUUGAUUGGGAAACUGCUGGUUGGUAUCCAUCAUAUUGGGAAUACACUUCUGCCCAUCAGGUCAACCCACAGAAUUCUUUUUGGCCAAUGCCUGAAGAGCUUGCGAUGGAACGAUUGCGUCAAAAACAUUUUGGAGACAUUUGA